CCAGUGGAACAGAGUGCUGAAACUGCAGCAGCAGCAGCCGUCCCUAAACUCCCAGCGCACUCUCCCAUGCACCCAGCACCCACCCCCUGCCCAGCACCCAGCACCCAGGGAUAUCACAGGGGCACCUUCCCUACUCACCGAUCCAGCAAUAAGGGAGCUGCUGGGAUUGUCUCUCUCUGUUCUACAUUGUAACCAGAUCCCUUCCCUCUCACAGCCAGGGAGGCAGCAACAGCAGCAGGAGGAUCAUCAUCUUCAUCAUCAUCAUCAUCAUCACCCGGAUCUGCCCGGCCCGGAGGGGUAGGAGCCGGUCCCUCUCUGCCCGUAGGGAGCUGGGUGUGAGGGGCAUUUUGGGAGUGAUGGUGGCGUGCCAUGCCAAGCCUGGGCAAGACAAAGAGCACCCAGGGAAAGAAUGGUGAGAUGGGGAAUGUGCUUUGUGGGUUUGGGGUGGGAUAAAGGCAGCAGCUAUGCAGUGAGCCCCCCUGGCACCCCUCAGACUAAAUCCUGACAGUGACGCCGUCUGUACAUGACCCAGCCCUGGGCCCCCCUCCCUGCAUAUUCCCAGGAGACCCUGUAAGGAGCGCUGCCUCCCCCUCCCUAAACUGAAACAUUUACCGAAAUCCUAAACUGAGAUACUGGGGGGGAACGUAGGAAAGAGGGGGUCACAAUUCUACAAACUUUCUAGAUUUUAUAAUUGGUAAUUAAAUGCCGGUCUGGUUUUGAUAAUACUCCUUUUUCUAUGACUAAGUGGCACUUUUUAUAUUCCAAUGGGAAGGUAGCUGCCCCCUAGCCAAUAGCACAAGAGCCAGGCUGGGGUAUCCGUAGGGUUUAUUGGCUGGGAAUCUGGGGCAACUUUAUACCUGCUUGUGUGCCAAUGGAAUUAAGGGGAGACAGUGGGUGCAAUAGAAGCUUCUAACUGCUCUGUGCCAGUUGUCCGGUCAUUAAUAGGAGGCGGGGGCGAGAAGGUGGGCACAGUGCAGCCCCCCGGGCAGUGAAGCACAACCCUAUAGAAGCACAGAGGGGUAUUGGGCACAAAUGUUGAGGAGCACAAUACAAGUUCAUAGCUGAUCACCUCCAUGUUGUGAGGGGUUGGGGGGGUCGGCUGAACUUCCAGAAGCACAAACACUGUCCGGGUCCCAUUUUUACCCUUGGGCUUUUGGACUACAAAUCAGGCACAUGUUCUUGAGAACCAUCCUGCUUUUAUGGUGCUGCGGAGUACUGAGUUGUAGACAGAUGUUGCGCCAUCAGGGUCUGCUGAAGUGCCGCUGCCGCAUGUUUUUCAAUGACUUGAAGGUCUUCCUGCUCCGGCGCCCCCCUCCCAUCCCCAGUCUGCCCAUGAACAGCUCGGAAUGUGACUUGGGAGCUGGGGGUGCUUUGGCCUCCAAUAAUAACACGUUGACGGCCUUGGGGCGAGCCUGGAGAACUCCAGCAGGUGGCACGAGCCCGGAGGAGGACUGGAUCUACCCCGGCAAUGGACUUCAGCACCAGCAGAUGUCUAUGGUGAGCAGCACCUCCUCCGAUGACUUCUGCAAAGGGAAAACCGAAGACCGAUACUCCCUUGGCAGCUUGGACAGUGGGAUGAGGACCCCUCUCUGCAGGAUCUGCUUCCAAGGACCUGAGCAGGGGGAGCUCCUGAGCCCGUGUCGGUGUGACGGAUCCGUACGCUGCUCCCACCAGCCCUGCCUGAUUAAGUGGAUCAGCGAGAGGGGAUCGUGGAGCUGUGAGCUCUGUUACUACAAGUACCACGUGAUCGCCAUUAGCACAAAGAACCCUCUUCAGGUAAAGUGGCAAGCCAUCUCCCUGACUGUCAUCGAGAAGGUGCAGAUCGCAGCCGCCAUCUUGGGCUCCCUCUUCCUUAUUGCCAGCAUCUCUUGGCUCAUCUGGUCGACCUUCAGCCCCUCGGCCAAGUGGCAGCGCCAGGACCUGCUGUUCCAGAUCUGCUAUGGGAUGUACGGCUUCAUGGACAUAGUCUGUAUAGGUUUAAUCAUUCACGAGGGGCCGUCCGUCUACCGGAUAUUCAAGCGGUGGCAGGCGGUGAACCAGCAGUGGAAAGUGAUGAAUUACGACAAAUCGAAAGACCUGGAAGACCAGAAAUUGGGGAGCAGCCAGCGGAGCAACCAACAGACGAUAAGUAACAAUAACAACUCCUCCUCCGUUGGCGGCACGGGCAGCAACGCCGCUCCUGCCGACCCCGGUAACCACGGUAACCAUGCCAUCGGCCACACUGGGACCUUAUCUGAUCACCACUGUGCUUACACCAUCUUCCACAUUCUGAGCCACCUCCGGCCCCACGAGCAGAGAGGUCAGUCCAACGGCAACAGAGAGUUUGUAAUGAGAGUGACGACGGUGUGAGGCGCCCGGGGGGCUUUAUCCGUAAGGAAAGCGCAUGAAUCUCUGUGCCUUUUUGCCUUAAGGCCUCAGCUUGAUGCCCCUCGACCAAUAGGGGGGUCCCUAGAGGCCGCAGAUGCUAAAAAAGGCGCAACAUCCUGACCAAGUGCAAUACUGACUGUAUCGAGAACUCGGACUUAUAAGCAUGAUGAAUAGAUCCAGUCGCCCAAUGGGAAGGCACCUCCCCGGUGCCGAAUGGUAGAGAUGUUGGCCUCCUUUUUAAAGGCUGAGGAGUACAGAAUAAGGUGUUUGUGGUACCCCCUCCGCCCCAUUUCCCUGAAAUAAACUCCCCCCCCCCGAUGUAGGGCUGCAGAUAUUGUUGGUUUAUAUAUCUAUAUGGGCAUCUGAGGGCCACACCAUCAUGUUGGGCCUUUGGGUGCCCGUAUAGACAUACGGCCAUGACUGUAACUCUACUAUACCAAAUACACCCCCAUUCUUCCUUCAGACUCCAAGUCGCCCCCAUUUGCCCCUAUAGAAAGCUCUGCCUUGAAGCACAAAUAUGAAACUUCUCAGUUGUUCUAUGAAGGAACCAAACCAUCCCCCAAGAAUCAGUUUAUUGCAGAGCUCUAAAUCAUAUAAAGGUGUUAAACCAUCCUCCUCCAUCUCCAGCCCCACAAAUCUACUGGGGAUGUCAACACUUAUAAGGCUGUAUAAAUGCAGAACAUACUGUCGGUCCAUCAGAGGAGCAGCAGGGCAAGAUGGAGACAGUAGGGCAAGAUGGAGACAGUAGGGCAAGAUGGAGACAGUAGGGCAAGAUGGA